AUGCACUGGAUGAAAAGACUGACUGUUGGUUCUAUAGUAACACCCGAAUAUAAUGGAUGGUUUAGGAAAAGAGUCAAUGACAAUAUUCCAAGACCAAGUUUGGAAAGCGCUCGACCAAUGGAGGAACAGUUACAAGUUGCCCCGUCGGAGUUGGAAAUUAUAAAGCAGGAUUUUGAGAAGAAGAGUUCUGAGUUCGGGAAGAAGAUUGAGCAGUUGAAAAAAGAAAAGAUGCACUUGAAGUUAGAAGUGGAGAUUCAAAAGUCAGAGGCAGAAAAGCUACAAAAAAGGAAGGGUAAAGUUGAGGAAGAUUUGGAAAGUUUGAAAAUAGAUUACAAGAAACUGCGCUUAUCAAUGAGGACUGCUAGGCUAGGAAAGACUUCGGAACAAUGGCGUCAAGAGGAGGCUCAAGCUCGGAACGAAGCUUUGGAAAGAAGUCUAUCAGAGAGUAAGAAUGAGAAGGAUGAACUAAGAGCCAGAGUGGCGGAACUUAAGAGAUCUCUAUGUUUAUACCGGAAUCGUAAUUCUGUGACUGAAUUGAAAGCAAGCUUAAGUAAGAUCGAGGAGAAGAAAGGGAAAAUAGAAAAGUUAGAAACCGCAUUGCAGAGUUGUGAAAUGAGGAUUGAGUUCUUGGAGGCAAAUGAGGAGCAAUGGAAGAAUCAACUUCAUCAAUCUCAAGACCAAGUUAGAAGCAGGGAUUACAUCAUGGGAGAAGUUGUAAUGCAAAUUCGAGAAGUAGCUGACUACUUGCAGCCCUUGGCAGUACAGGUGGACGUAUUAAGUGUGAAGUAUGAGCUGGAGUCAGAUAGGGGACAAGAAUUAGCUUCAUUGCUUAGGAAAAUUAAGGCCCAGAGUGUUAGGGCAAAGCCGUAUUUGUAA